UUGCUUGAAGUUUUGUGUUGUGAUCUUUUAUUUCAUUCGAAGCGCUUAGGGGAGCGUGUUUCUAAAUGAACAUCCUCUCAUUGGGAAUGUGGUUGAAGUGGAUGUGAAAGGAUGGAAUGAAAGCUUCGGCCUUGGAAUGUGAAAAGGUAAUGAUGAGGUGGGUGGGGGGGGGGAAUAACGUGUGUAUCAAGAGUUGAUGUGUCAGAAUGCGUGCUUGCACUUUCUCAGAGUCAGUGCAAGCUCUAAGAGGGUCAAAGACAUGAGUGUUGUUUUAUUCUUUUUUUUUUCUUUUGAAAAGCCAUGCUGAUGUGAGUGAGUCACAAUGAUUCCGAAUGGCGGGCUGGCUUUAUAAAAACGUCGAGCGGGUCACUUUUCUCUUGAGUCGGUCACGUAUGCACAGGUGGCAACGUCUUGUCAGCUUGAGCUCGAAGGAGGCAGCGGCACUGAGACGCGUCGUUAUCAUGAAGUCUUUCUUUCUGCUGCUAUUCUUCCUGCUGUUGGUGUCACACGGGUCGUCGGCUGUCAUCACGGGGGCAUGUGAGAAGGACUCCCAAUGCGGAGGAGGAAUGUGCUGCGCAGUGAGUCUGUGGAUUCGCAGCCUGCGUAUGUGUACGCUGAUGGGAGCCGGAGGAGACGACUGUCACCCCAUGAGUCACCAGGUUCCUUUCAACGGGAAGAGACAUCAUCACACAUGCCCCUGCCUCCCCAACCUGUCGUGUAUCACUGUAGAGGAGGGACGAUCAAAAUGUCUCGCAGCAUAUCAGGGAGAUCAAGACUACAUGUGAGGAGGGAUUUGCUGCUGCCACACUGCGAAUUGUCGCUGUUUAUGUAGUCAUUCAAAUAUUUUGACGAAUGAGGUUGUAUUUGAUGAGCCGACACGCCGGUGCACGUCUACCUCGCUGUUCUGAGGUUCAGGGUUCAAAUAUCCACUGUAUGGAAUUUGUCCAGUAUGUUCUUACUGUUUUUGCCUGAGUUAGCUCCAGCUUCCUCGCACAUUUCCAAAAACGUGCACGUGAGGCGCAAUCUAAACUCAAAAUCAGGGUUGGGC